CUCUCUAUCCGACUCGGGGACUCCAAGGGAUACACCCCGGCUAGAAAACCCGAAGGGUGGGCCGCGGGCUCGGGGGUGUCCGGGCGUUGUCAAUUCCGGCUCAGGCAGUGCCUGGACAGCCUGUGCGACGGGUGGAUGGAAGGACCCCAGGCGUCGCCUCCGAGCGUGGGGGAAGGAGGACGACCGGGGUCGCGCCGCGAGAUGGAGCUAGUCGGCGGCUGUUACGAGCAGAUUCUUUUCGGGUUCGCGGUGCGGCCGGGGGAGAACUGGACGCCUAUCCCUGACUUUACCCAUCAUGCCCACACUGCUUCAUUAUCAGCAGUAGCUGUGAAUAACAGAUAUGUAGUCACUGGUAGCAGAGAUGAAACAAUCCAAAUAUAUGAUAUGAAAAAGAAGAUAGAACAUGGGGCAUUGCUGCAUCAUAAUGGCACUAUAACUUGCCUGGAGUUCUAUGGGAAUGCACACUUAUUGAGUGGAGCAGAAGAUGGAUUAAUUUGUAUUUGGGACACAAAGAGAUGGGAAUGUCUGAAAUCCAUUAAAGCACAUAAGGGGCAUGUGACAUCUCUUUCUAUUCACCCUUCUGGAAAAUUAGCUUUGUCAGUAGGAACAGACAAAACAUUAAGAACAUGGAAUCUUGUAGAAGGACGAUCUGCCUUCAUCAAAAAUCUGAAGCAAAAUGCACACAUAGUUAAAUGGUCUCCCAGUGGAGAGAAGUAUGUGGUGGUCGUAACUAAUAAAGUGGAUGUCUACAAACUUGAAACAGCAUCUGUCAGUGGUGCCAUCACAACUGAGAAGAGAAUUUCUUCAGUUAGAUUUAUAACAGAUUCUGUUCUUGCUAUUGCCGGAGAUGAUGAAGUUAUAAGACUGUACGAUUGUGACUCACAAAAGUGCCUUUGUGAAUUUAAAGCUCAUGAAAACAGAAUAAAAGACAUCUACAGUUUUGAAAAGCAAGGACUACAGGUUAUUGUUACUGCAUCCAGUGAUGGAUACAUUAAAUUGUGGAGUCUUGAACUUGAUAAGAUCCAGGAUAGACCAUCUUUGCUAUGUGAAGUCAAUACCAAAGCCAGGCUUACAUGUCUAGCAGUAUGGCUAGACAGAACUUCAGAAACCAAAGAGAACCCUGACAAUGCUACAACCUCUUCUUAUGUAAAUGAAGAUGAACAGCCAUUGAUAACUAGGAAAAAGAAAGUUUGUUGGACUGAUAAUAGUGAUAAAUCAGCAAAGGGAGAUAGGCAAGUGAUGCUCAAGAAACGAAAAUCAGAAGGUGCACAGCAAAAGAAGAAAAUGAAACUAUAGAGCUCAAAAUGAAUGUAACUUCUUUACCAUUCAAAUAAUAAGCUGAUAUCAGUAAAUUUUGGUAUCACUGUAACCAUUUUUUACACCUCUCACUUCUACUCAAGGCAUAUUUUGCCAUCUCAACAGGGCACAUAUCUCUGAAACUAUCUUAAUUUGGGGAGUAGAAAAUGUUUCUACAUUGAUAAAUGAAAUGACCAUUCAGAAUUUUGGAAGGUGGCAAAUCUGAUGGUACUAACUUCUCUUGAAUUAUACCAUUCAGAAGUAAACACAUAAUGUAGUAUAUCUAAUGUAUAUUUUAAUUAUAUCAAGUAUAGUAUAAAAAUUCUCUUUGAGCAGUUCUGAAAUUCAGUUUAAAACUACAAAAAUUGCUGCAGUUCUGUAUUAAUAUACUUGGAUUUUCUGGUUUUAAUCAUUAAAAUUUGAAAAUAGGUUUCAGUGAAAUA